AUGUUAUCAUGCUUUAUGGAAGGACGCGAUUUUUUGCUUAAUCCCGAUGUUGACCAACUGGAAGAAUUGGUUUCACCAAAAUGGACUGCAAUACCUUCAAUUUUAUAUGCGUUAUCGAUUCUGACAACAACAGGAUAUUUAUCGGCCGUACCAAUGACAAAGCUUGGACAAUUUAUUGCUAUAGUUUAUGGAUUGGUGGGUAUUCCAUUAAUGGUACUGGCAGCGGUUGAUAUUGGACAUUUCUUAUCCGAUAUCGUCUUACGACUUUACCGAAAAUAUUGCAUGAUGAAGCAUAAAUUUGCUAGAGCAUGCGGCUGUUCGGGAAAGAAGCGAUUUAUUACGGAAUUAAUGGAAGUAAAGGGUAUUCCACAUGUAUCAAAAAUUCGGAAAGGGGAGAGAAAAAGUAAGGAAGUGGUAGUGACGAUAAAGGACGGCAGUGCUGAAGUGAAACGUUUACCUUUAUCCGUGAAUGCUUCCAUCCUAUUAGUCUUUUGCAUGCUUGGUGGCAUGUGUUAUAUUGCCGUCGGUGGUCAAAAAAGUUUUCUGGAAGCAUUUUUCGUUACAUUCAACUUAGUAGCCAAUUUAACAAUGGCUGAAAUGCCUAACGAUCUGAAUAAUAUUUUGACAUUUUUCUACAUUCUGAUCUUUGUCACAUUUGGUCUGGCGGUACUAUCCAUGUGCGGCAAUUUGGCAGCUUCUGAAUUGAGAACUGUUUUUAUGAAAAUUCAUUAUUUUGGCCGAAAAAUUUCCUGGCGAAAAAUUUCCAGACAACAACAAUUGAAGGAAAAACAAAUAGAACUUAUCGAAAUGCUCAAAAUUAUUAUUGCAAUUCGCGAGUUACAUCCCGAGAAAAACAAUAUAACUUCAGAAGAUAUCAUAGGGAUAUUGAAUGAAAUGCAACACAAUUCAUUUUGUUCCAAUCUUUGCAACCAGAAAAAACGACGUGAUACAAUCGCAUUUACGCCACAAAGCUUCGAAGCUCUGCGAUUUGCGGAUGAGCUUGACGUGGAUGACACAGUAUAUUGUGUUUUGUCCCGAAAUCAUUUAUUUUUAUAA